CUCUCAGACACUUCCUGUUUGUGAACGGCUUUACGUGUGAAGAGCACAAGUCUUUGAGCGCAACAGAAAGCUACAACCAGAUACCAGCGGCUGAUUUCACUCUUGUUUGACUGCACUUCUCCGCCAUGCCCAGGAUGUGGGUUCGUCAGUUAAACCGUGAUGUGUGCGGUGAAUGAAUGGCAUAAGCGCUGAGCUGGAGACGCUUUGCCUUGGAUUGUUUGGACUCUUACAGACACGUACUGAGAGUAUGGAUGCCGGACAGUAAACUGCAGAGCCUGAGUGGUGAAGAUGCAGCACACUUCAUGCACAGAGGACAGGAUCCAGCAUGCUCUGGACAGGUGUCUGGAUGGGCUGAGACAAAGCCCCACAGCCGCACACCACUGGAACGUGCUGAUGUGCUCAGCGGGUCAGUCGAUGAACCGCUGGAGCCUGGAGGAGUUGGUGAAGAGAGACCCUGAGAAUUUCCUCAUCCUCUUACAGCAGAUCAUCAAUAAGACCAAAGAGGUUCAGGAGCAGUGUCAGUAUGAGCUGGUGGCUCCCCUUGCUAUCAUGUUCUCCUCCACGCUGCUUCAGACACCAUACUGUCCUCCAGACGCAGAACUGCUGGAGGAAGCAGUCAAGGUGUUUCGCUGCUUCCUCACGUGGCCUGAGCCUUACUGCAGUGUGUGUAAAAACCUCCUCUCCACACUACAGCUGGAGAUCAAGGCUCCAGGCAUUUCCUUUCAGCGACUGGUGAGAGAAGAACAAGGCCUUAACACCUCCAGCCAGUGCUCCAAGACCAUGACUGUACUGCUGAUGAACCCAGGUGAAGUCCCUGCUGACUUUCUCUCAGUGGCUGAGCAGCUCAGUUGUAUUCAGCACUCGCAGAAAGAGACCUACAUCACUCUGAUCAAACAUGCCUUCCAGUCCACACUAGGCACCAAGUACCCUCUACACAGUGUCCACAGAGCCCUGCAGGGAAAAACAGUGAAUGAGUUGGGUGAGAUCUUCUCCGUGGUAAGUGAUGUCUUAGAGACGGCGGCUGCCAUAAGUGACCCUCUGAAGGGGCGCAGCCAUGUGAUCCAGGGACUGGAGGAACUGAGGGAGAAGAUGAGAAUCCCAGCAUCCAAUGGAAGGAAGUCUGAUGGAAUGCUGCAGACGCUGCCGUUGCCUACAGCCAAGUGUUACAUGUUUCACUGGGAAAAAGAUAACUUCGAUGUUCUGAACACCCUUCUGGAGCAUGACUCUGACGAUCUCACCACUAAUGGGCAGGCUGACGAAGUAGAGGUGCUAGACACUGAUGAUGAUGAUGAAGAUGAUGAAGAGGAUUUGACAGAGAUGGAUGCAGAAGAAGAGGCGGAGGAAGAAAACAAAGAAGAGGAGGAACAUGGAGUAGAAUUACCUUCGAUGUCUAUCAUCCCUAUUGACUACUGCACCAGCCACCGUGCCUCCACCUUCUCCACCAUCUCCUCCCUGUCCACUGCCUCCAAAGACUCCAUGUUCUCUACCUUGUCUGUAGCCUCAGAGUCCUACGCUCCGUCGCUUUUCUCUGUCACUUCUGGAGUUGAUAGUGACUACUGUGAAGAUUCUGAUGACAAUAUCUGCUCCUCUCCCGUGGCAGAAAAAUGCUCGCCAAAGUCUACCAAAGCUUCGGCUCGCCUCAGCCAGCACUUUUAUAGGCUCUUCAUCAAACCCAAGAACCCUCGGUUACUGUCCCGGGCAAAAAGCUUAGGAAACACUGAGUCAAAAGACCUUUUAGUGGUGCGAGACAAGCGCUCCAACUCUCUACCACAGCAAGUCAAGUUACAUAGUCCUGAGCCCUUACUCCAGCCACAAAGUCAAACUCUUAGACAUGUCUGCUUCAGAAGGCGGCCUAUUCUGAGCAGUGAUGAGGACAGUAAAAAUACUACACUGAGGGUGGUUGUGUUUGGUGCUGAUCAUGUAGCAGGAAAGGUGGCCCGGGCGUACAAUAGCCUGAGGAGGAAGGAGAGCGUAUGUCCACGUCUCAGCAGGGCCUUCAAGCUUCAGUUCUACUUUGUGCCUGUGAGGAGGGACUCAGCAGGAGGACCAGGGAGUCUGAGGUCCCCUAGUCCUAUGGUUCAAACUGGAACUCCAAAAGGAGUGGCCCUGUCUAAUGGUUUUCACCUCACGAGCACAGGGGACAGUACUAAUGACAUCGCCCAUCUCCUUGGUAUGCUGGACCCUUGGUACGAAAGAAACACCUUAAGCCUGCUCAACUUGCCUGCCAACGUCGUCUGCCAGCAAACGUCAAAGACGGAGUCAGAGUCCUAUGAUAGUUCAUAUGAGCAGCGCCUGCCCAUCCUGGCUGACUUGGUCCUGUACUACUGCCGCUAUGCUGCCCGACCAGCUCUGAUCCAGCUCUAUCAGGCAGAGUUGACGUUGGCUUGUGGACAGAGGAGGACCGAGGUGUUCGUCCACUCUCUAGAGUUGGGUCACACCGCAGGAACACGAGCCAUCAAGGCCAUGGGUGCUGCCAGUAAACGGUUUGGCAUUGAUGGUGACAGAGAAGCAGUGCCUCUAAUGUUGGAGGUGGUGUACAACAGGGUGGUGAUUAGUGGGAGAAGCCAGUGGAAAAGAGAAACAAAAGUCUGCACUUCAGUUAACUUGACCAAAGCGUGCAAGAACCCUGAGGAACUAGAUUCAAAGAUGGAGUGCCUGCAGCUCACAAUGACUGAGGUACUGAAGAGACAGAAUGGCAAAAGCAAGAAGGGCUACAACCAGCAGCUGAACGUAACAGAGGUGAAGGUGGACAAGGUGCAGGUCAGCGGUGCUGGAGACACGACAUUUGCUGUGUGUCUGGACCAGGAUGAGAAGAAGAUACUACAGACGGUCACCAGGUGUGAAAUAUCAGUGUGCUACAAACCUGACAGCUCCUCUGACUGGAGACUAAGAAAAUCCCAGACCUCAGCUCAAAUCCAGCCUCUCCACCCCACCUUCUGCUCCCUCCUCUGCCUGCCCAUAGUCACUUUCAGUGGGGCUCUUCCCUAAGACUGCUGACCACUGGGUUGAGUGGAUUGAAAGCAAAGACUCUGUGCACUGUUAUCCAUAUGCUCUGAAUAACAGACACUGACUGCAGAGGAGAAGUUUAUCAAGUCUGCCUGGUGUCUUGAAGACGCUGUAGUCAAGUUCACAUGGGACAGUGGGACACAUCUAUUCGGCACAUACAUGGACAUGAACAGAAGGGGUAGUCAGAAAUCUGCAGAGCUGGUUGGCCUAUUGUUUCAAACAUAUACCAAAUGACCCAAGAAACAAAGAAUGACUACAGAUGCAACAGUUCAAAUGGUGAUGAGUCCAGAUUUUUCUGUACCAAGCAAUAAUUAACUAUUGGUUCAAGUUUCUUUCUUCAGGUUUCGGUUCCUCCUUUCAUUUUGGCAGAGAAGUGACCGUAGCCACAGUAAUGUUGGACAAACAUGGUGAAUAUAUACACUCUCAGGUGGGAUGGCAUCAAAACUGGCAAGACAAAUAUGUUGUAGUAUUCCUGGGUUCUACUGAGAGAUUGAAUGUAAAUAAUUUAGAGUUCAUCUUGAAGCAAAGUUUAAGAACUUCUCUCUGGAUCAGCCUACACAGACACAGAGGAGGACCACGGGAAAUUUUGAUACCUGCUGACAAGACUGUACUACGUAAUAUCUCUAUUAAGGGCAAUUAUCAGAUUAUGAGACUAUAUCUGAGAAUGGACACUAUAAAUUUAAACAACAUGUAAAAAUUAUGUUUGUAUAAUAUUGUAUUGCAUAAUAUAACUUGAAUGUCACGUCAUAUACAUAUAUUUUAUGUCUGUUAUACAUGCGUUUUAGUUCUAACGUUUCUCCUAAGGAGUUAUCACUGUUUCAACUGGAAUUAUAAAUAUGACCAGCAGGGGGCUCUGUUGACAUUCCAUUUGACUUCAGCUGAAGUACUGGUUGAUCCAGAGCAGGUGACACUUGUAGUAAAAUCUAACUUUGUAAUUGCUGUAAAGUAGCUUAUGUAUAAACCAUAUUUUAAUGACAACAUUCGUUUCCACAAGGGCACAGGUGGAAAAUAUAAAAUUAAUAAUAUGGUGCUAUAAGAUUCAAAUGCACAUUUUUCUCAACCAAAAAAAAAAAUCAUUCCACUUUCAUUCCAUAUAUAUAUGAUAACCUAAGAGUGAAAUAGUAGCACUGUAUAGAUUUUUCUUUUAUGGAAGCAAAGCACUUGAACAUUAAAUUAAACGAAUUAGGUACUUUUAUGGUCUGGUAAAUACCUGGCACCACUGCCCUCUCCUCUCCUUUCAUGCCUUCUCUGAUGAAAUAUUACAAAUGAAAUAUUGGUUUUAUAAUUUUAGAAUUGUAUGUUUAUCAUCCAUGCAAUGGAGACAUUUCAAAUUCAUGAAGUGAUCAUUAAAAUAUGUCUUCAAUUGGA